AUGAAUAUUAACGGCAAAUCAAGCCGUAUUACUCUCUCUGUUAGAGAUAUUCCUCUUCGGAAGCAUGACAAAGAGAAUCCUCGGGAUUUCUCUCAAAGAACACCCAGCGGAACUGUCAUAAAGGGCACCCACGAUGAUCCGUUCCUUCCACCGCUUCCCUAUCCGAUCCAAACCUAUAGAACAUGUGUUAUGAAAGAUUAUGAAAAGGUUAUCUUUGGAAUGACCUGGGCCCCGGAUGGUCAAAAUGGAUUGGAUUCUAUGAAACGGUACUCCCUUUAUUUCUCUCGAUAUCACGUUGAAAUUGGCGUUUAA